AAACAAACGUUUAGAGACGAAUUUCUAAAUUUCGUUGCGUUCGUUUUACAAUAAUUUACAGUCUUGUGUUAUUCCGAAGCCGAAAAUCUACACAUUUUGAAGUAAGAACACAAAUUGUCAGUCAGCUUUGCCAACCUAACCAGAGUUAGGUUAAAUUGUCAGUGAUAAUUUUCAAUUGUAAUUAAUUGUUAUCGGUAAUAAAUUGCCGCUUUUAUCUAAUUUCCGUGACAAUGAUAAGUUUGUAAAUCCCCAAUUUGUUACAAAAGUAAAAAACGAAAUGGAUUAUUUAACGGAGGGCAUAGCCCUGGGUGUAGAUCUCGUGAUCUUGGCGGCAUGUAUCAAGCAGUACUACAAGAACAAGAAUGCCAUGGCUAUGAUCCAGGGGGCCCCCUAUCUCACCAUCAAUAAAGACUUGAAAGAAAUAGUUGAGACACAUCCAGAGAAAAAACUGUCAUACGUAUCCAUAAGGGGAACUGUUAAACCACUAGGUAGGCCUAUUGUCAGCAGCAAUAAUCCAAAUGUAACAGGCGUUGUGCAAUUAUUACGAAUUAAGGAGCAUGUAAUCCAGCGGAGUACGACAGGAUUUUGGUCGGACUCCGAACGUGUUGUGCAGGAAGUCCACAAUGUUAUGCCUUUUUCCAUUGGCAAUAAGGCGGUGUUUGUGGAAGUUGCGGACCCGUUAGCUGCUGACGUCUUAGAUAUGGAUACGAUAUCGGACGUCUUCAAUCCGACUGUUCCGAGUGUCAUGGACCACAUCUGGGGCUUCUUUGCCGGGAUCAGGCAACGGGGGGUCCAGUCGACUGAGAAAAUGUUAAGGGAGGGCACCACUAUUACGGGGAUUGGGGAGUUGGUUUAUUCACAAGAUUCCAGCAUGUUGCGGCUGCAGCCCCCAUCAAACGGGGCCCCCUUUUAUUUAACAAAUAUGCAAGUCACGUCGCUGGUUAAAAAGUUAGACGGCUCUAAACGAAAUUACAAGUUACUGUGUAUAUUAUUCGGAACAAUCGGUUUAGUUAUUGGGGGUUUCAUAAUUCGGAAAUAUUUGCGCCAUAAAGACAGACAAUUGGAGGAAAGUAAGCGGAAACAACAACUGGAAGAAUCAAGACGGAAGAGGCGGCGACAAAUGCGUGAUCAAAAUUUACCAGAGAACCAAAUCUGCGUCGUUUGUAAAAAUAACCCAAUUGAGAUAAUUUUACUGCCUUGCGGCCACGUGUGUCUAUGCGAGGACUGCUCACUCGACAUCUCUGCCAACUGUCCCGUUUGCAGGGCUCCAAUAGAGAAAAAAUCAGUAGCCUAUGUUGCGUAACACCAAUAAAAUUUAUUUCUUGUUACAUAAGCAACUCUGCGUUUUACAACACGGACUGUUUUCUUGUAAA